ACCAAAAAAAAAAAACCAAUCCACCAAACAAAAUCAGGCCAGCAGCAAACACCGCCCCAAUACACAAGUGGUUUAAUACAUUGUGACCGUUGCGUGCUGUUGCGCCUGGUUCGGGCGCGAGAUUUGGUUUGGAGAUUUGUGCUUUGGUCGUGUUUGUAUGUGUGUGUGUGUGUGACUCUGUGAGAGAUGGGUUUGGAUUUGUGGAGGAUACGAUAUCGCUUACAAGACGUCGAUAGCGUGGCGUUUCUGUGCUUUGGAAAGGAAAAUUUGUGUUUCUAAUUCAUUUAAGGCUCUGAAGCGCUUUUACACUUUUCCCAUAUGUUGCGGUUAUGUUUUGAUUGGAAAAGUGGUCAAGAAAACGCCGGUGUUUUCCUUUGGUGUGCCGUUUUUAGCGUUGUUUUGAUUUUUAAUUAGUGUAAGAAAUGAGGGAAAAUCUGCUUCAAAUCAAGUCCCGUAAGCCUAUUGGUUGAAAGUGAUAAGGGAAAAGGGACUUUUAGUGAUAUGAAAAUACUGCUGUAUUUAUUGCAGUACAACCACCAACAAGGAUUUUCAUUCCUAAUGGCCAUUACAGCUCGCGAACAAUUCAUGGAAAUUCAAAUCCCUUUUUACUUCCCAUCCACCUUCCCGCCUGAGCAUUACUUUCGCGCCGUGAAUGUGUUGGACCUGGACCCGUACGUACGGCACGGAGUGUUUUGUGUGUGACACUUUUCCCGCUCCUAAACCACUGUGUGCUGUGCUGUGCGGGCCGGACGGGUGUAAGCCCAUUUUUCCCGCUUCUCUUCCACACCACUGUUUUGCACGUCGAUUAAUCCGAGAAGAGCGAGGCACUUUGAGACUUUUCUUUUGUGGUUCUCAUUCUUUGCACCAAUACAUAGGCCGGUGUUUUUGUUUUUUUUGGGGGGGAAAAGUCUCCAUCAUCCCCCAUCCAUCAUCAUCAUCACCAUCAUCAUCGUCAUCAACAAUAGUCGUGUAUAGAGAGCUUGUGUGUUGGUGGACGUGUUCGGAAGUACAGUUCUGUUUUAUUUUUCUUUUUUGUGGCUAUGUUUUUCAUCCUCUUCAUCCCCAAUCGCCAUAGCUGUGCGUCCUUUAGUGUUGGGUUAUUGGCGGUGGUUCAAAAAAUCAGGUAAAAGCAAAAGGGGUUUACGUGUAGAAGGAAAGUGGUGGUGGAAACAAAGCUGCGAUUGAUAGGCUCGGAGGCAUUUCAAUACACGGGCAGAGCGGUUAGAGCGUGGAAGAAUGCGGCUAAAACACGAAUUGAUGAUAGGAUAACAGAGCCCUCUUCCCCCCUUUUUGGAGCAUAUCGUGCUAGGUGGUAGAGAUAGAGAAGGAGCGUUUAUGAGGUCACCACUGUGUGGUUUCGUGUGUCUGUGUUGCCGGCUCUAUUGCCCGCUAUUCAUAAAUACGUAAGCGUUCUCGAAAAGCAGCGGCAGGUCGAUACAUAAAUAAUCGAUGGAAGCUGAUCGAGCCCCUCUACGUGUGUGUGUGUGUGUGUGUGUGUGUGUGUGUGUGUGUGUGUGUGUGUGUGUGUGUGUGUGUUGUACGGCGUGCCGGGGUGGCGAUAACGAGCCGAAGAUUAAUGCCCUUUAAAUUGGUGUGGCAAGCCCGAAGCGAAGGGGGCACACGCUAAACCAUAAAUCCAAGCGCCUUUUUCGCGGAGGCUUUCUCUCUCUCCCUUUCUCUCUCUCUCUCUCUCUCUUUAUUUUUUUACUUCAAAAAAUGGCUUGUACUUACAUUUCCUUGCAAGGAAGUUGGUCGUGAGGAGUUUAGCGCGAUGGAUGUUAAAUAAAUUGCCCUAAUGAUGAAUGUCGAUCGGAAGAAGCUGUCGAGGAUGUCGGGGAGCGUUCAGCCAUUGGGUUCUGUAAAUUGGAACUAACGGUUACAUCCUCCAAAUGAUAGCGAAGGGGGCGUCAGAGGAAGCAAUUUGACAAAGCUAGGAAUGCAGGGAAUGUUUCGGUGUUGUCAUUGAAUGUGUCGUGACGACGGGGAGGAUUUGGUUUUAUUUUUGUCCCAAGCUCACAGAGCCGGACAGCGGAUGUGAUUUGGGAUUAGGCAAUUCAUAAAAUUGGUGAAGCGUUUACGCUGAUCAUUGAAUCUGUGAAUGGAAGAUGGAUUCAUGGUCCAACAGAUUCAAUGACGCGAAGAGAUGAUCAAUUAGUUUGAAUGAUAAACUUUAUACAACCUUUUUCCUGGUAAAAUGUGAGGCUUUAAUUGUAGUCAAUUGAAGAAUUAUUCAGUUUAUUUAUUCCCAAUGGUUUCAAUGAUUUGCUCCUCAUGAUUUCUAUCGCACCAAACCAGCUUCUGUGACAUUAGCACACUCGCAUGAAAAUGUCGCCCGAGUUUGCGAACAAAAGUUCAAGCAUUCUCCACGGGGCAUUGCUGCAGUCGGCAAUACGAGGCGAAACACCUACAGUACGCAGUGUUUAUCUCGCAUUUCAAACGUGCAAACUGUGUCCCAUUACCGUUCCCCAGAAUGGGGCUUUUGGGGCCUAAAGUUUCGUCC